UCUGGAGGGCGGAAGUAGUGGGUGGACCCCAGAGGGUGCCCUCAAUCUCCAGUCCCGCUCACCCCUCGCCUGGCUCCGGCUCCGGGGGGCGGUACCGGGUAGGGCGCUGGGCUCCAGCCCCGCCCACCCCGCUGUGGCUCGCACCAUGGUGGGGCUGCUGGCGCUGCUGGGCCCAGCGGGCAGAGUGAGCGUCCGUGUCCGGCCUCGCGCCACCUGGCUCCUGAGCGCUGUCACCCACUGCGCCCCGCCACCCCUGACCCUGGCCCUGGCUCGGCCGGGGACAGACAGCCGGCUGCUGCGCACUGCCCGUGGGGACUGCCGUGGCCAUCAGGACACCAGCAGAAUCACCCAGACAACAGGCAGUCACACCAACAGCACAGAGGAGAAAAAGCAGAGCAAAUCACAGCAGCUGAAAAAGAUUUUUCAAGAAUAUGGGGCUGUUGGCGUGUCAGUGCACAUCGGAAUCUCACUCAUCUCCUUGGGCAUAUUUUACGUGGUUGUUUCAAGUGGUGUAGAUAUGUCUGCGAUCCUGCUUAAACUUGGAUUUAAUGAGUCACUGGUACAGUCAAAAAUGGCAACAGGCACGAGCACCUUUGUGGUGGCCUAUGCGAUCCACAAGCUGUUCGCGCCAGUGAGGAUCAGCAUCACCCUCGUCUCUGUGCCUUUCGUUGUCAGAUAUCUUCGGAAGGUGGGACUUUUUAAAUCUCCAUCUGCAAAGCCCUGAUGAACACCUCAAUUGUAGACACUGCAAACCUCUCUUAAAUCACACAGUCUGGAUUGAGUUUAGGGUUGUAGUUUGGGGAGGAGGGGGGAGGGGCUAGUUGUUAUGUUCUCAUGGAAUAAUUUUAUCUUUUCCAGGAAAAAUCAGGUUUUUGAAUGAGUAUAGAUUUUUUUGCUUUAAAAAUUUUGUUAAUGGUGUUCAUAUGACUGUAUGUUUUCUAAAAUGUCAGUGAGACACCACGUAGGAGCUAACAUCUCAAAACCAAGCCAUCUACAAAAUGCCCCUUCGAGGUCAUUGGUGAGGUCCAUCUGCAGAAGCUCCAGGGAGUUCAUCUUUGCUCAGGUUCUUAAAAAGCAAUGAUUAAUUUAGCUGGUUUUUUAAAAUUCCCCUUUCUCUGACUUGUCCGCCACAGCCUGGAGUUUAACAUGCAGCAAAACAGCUGUCAGAGAUCUAGCUAAUGAUGCAAAACUUGUCGAUCUCUAAUCGUGAUCUAAAUUAGCAUCAGGCCCUUGACAUCCAUUACACUUAUCUUGGGAACAGGAAAAGCAGAUAUCUGGUGACUCCAAAACACCGUCAGCUCUGGAUAUGAUGCGGCUAGAUGAUUUGUUAGGCCAGGGUUCUUUGUAACAUAUGGACACCUGGCCCAAUAGUAAAAAGUAUUGCUUGGUUCCUGAUGUCCAUAUUCACAGAGACUUUUGGAUACUGACAUUUGAAAAGCUAAGACAAUCUUUACUUAACUCUCUCAAACUUCAGUCAUUCCAGAAUUGAGGCAAUGUUUACACUGCAUCACUACUUGUAUUUUUAAAUUAUAUGAAAGAUUUGUAUCACUUCCCAUAAAAGAAAAUCAGUAACGCUUGUUAUAAAUGAAAGUAAUCAUGCUGGGGAGAGUGGAAAUGGGCAGGUGUAAUUAUAGUCCACCAGACCAGUUUUACUAGGAAAAGACCAAGUUAGGGAGACUACCAUAGAAACCCAGGACCCAAACUGAGACUUCCUCCUCUAAGUAGCCAGGGGCAGACAGUUGGGGAAGGGAUUCCCUCCUGUGGGGUUCACAUCAUCUAUGUUCUGUGCUUUGCUAAUGCAGGGCACUUGCUCUACACUCUGGGGCCCAAUUUUAAGUCUGUUCUGCUGCAUGGUUGAAAGAGUUUCACUUAUCUGGUUCACCAUGCCGGGACUGUUUUGUUUUUUAAAUAUUUUAUGAAUCAGAAAACUAAAGGAACUCACUGACCAUACAAGUUCUAAUGCGAUCUGGCUGUUGACAGUUCACUAGUUAAUCCAUCGUGACCCAUCAAUUAUCUGUUAACAUUUAAAAGAAUUUUCAUGCAACAGAUUCUGUUUACAAGAUCUUUAAAGUGGAAAUGUUUUUUGUUUUUGAAACAGGGUCUCACUUUGUAGCCCAUGCUGUCCUCAAACUAAUGAUCCUUCUGCCCCAGCCUUCCCAGUGCUGGGAUUACAGGUGUCUACCACCAUACCCGUUUUUUUUUUUCUCCUUUUAAAGCAGUUAGAUCACUGCCAAAAGCUGUUACUGAUUCAAAACAGGAGCUUCCCCAGCUCUUCCAAACACACCCUGGAAGUGCCUAUUUUGGAAUCUAACUCCAAGGCCAUCUCCAUAGCUGAACGAGAUGCCUAGUACUGGUAUUAGUAAUUCCUCAUACGGACUGGACAGAGCCUUCCCGUCUGCUCGUGUUUCAACAGUCAUUUGUGGGCUGGCGGAGUGACUCAAGCUGUAGCAUGCCUGCCUAGCAAGCAUGAGGCCCACAGUUCAAACCCCACUAACAGCCAAAAAAGAACAGCCAUUUGUUAGCUUCAGGCUGCUAUUCACUAUCCAGAGUCUCCAAUCCGAGCAAUACCAUUGCAAUAAAAAGCUGAUCGAGGGCCCUAAAGGCUUAGGGGCUUAUUAAAUCCCCAAUUCUGAUCAUGCGUUCAGAGUAAUGGGAGUGGAAGGGACAAGCAAUAGAACUAAUUAUACCAGAGAGCCACCUCACUACCUUCUGAACCCCAAGCGCCCCUGUGGUGGCAACCACAACAGAAAAGUUACUAGAGAGGACGGGGUCAAAGGAUCAGGGAACUGAAGCAUUUUGUUACACUGUUUGUUCAUGGAACUAGGGGAAUGAAACUGAACUAGUUUUAAAAUGUAAGCCAUUGUCUGCCUAAUUUUUUAAUCUGGCAGUGAGCAGCUGAGAUGCUGUGACACAAAUAAACAUCUUUGUAGUCUGUGGCCUUCUUCCUCUUCUGGUAAGCCAUGAUUGCUGUGGGGUAUGAACAGCGCCUGUGACGAGUGUGCUAGUGAGCUUUUGCCUGUGUAGCAGGAACCGUCCUGAGUUUAGCUGGUGUCACUGUGGUCACAUCACAUCAAAUACAGCUUGGACACACAGCACAUCUUACUACUCUGAGAAUGUACAAGUUAACUCAGCACAACACUGGGAACCAAAAGCUCACUUGUCACCUGACCUUUGCAGUUUUACUGCUGUGUUUUGAAGUUUGACAACUCUGUCACUUACUCGUGGAACUUUCUUUACACUGGCCACUUUAAUUUUGACAUACAUACAUACAUCAUUAAAGCAUAUUUCUCUGCUAGUUCUUAACUCAGCACUUCUGCCUUUUCUUCACCAAGUUCAUCCUCUUUGGUCAACCACAGAUGACAUGGCAGCUAUAAACCUUACACAUUAGGACUACAUCACCAGACCAGAAAAGGGCUAGACCUGCUCAUUUCCUGGCCCACAGUGAACAGUGGUGGGAAUAAUUACC